AAGGAACUGAAGGCAAUGUGGAGAAAUUUCCGGCUCCGAUUCCACUAUCCAAGACUUCUUUUCUCUCAGUCGUCCGCCGGUGGCGUCGGCGGCGGCGCUGGCGGCACCUCUACGGCGGACUCUGAGAUCCCAACUCUCUACUCCUUCCUCCAGCCCUCUAUCUUCGCCCUCCGCAAAAAACCCAACCCAUCUCCUUCCUCACGACCUACUCCCCGCGAAGCCCUUGCGCCAGUUGACGCCAUCUCUCUCGAAUCGGCACUUGAUUCCUCCCUUCUGUCUAAUGACACUGAGGAAGCAUGGAGGUCCUUCAAAGCCCUAACCUCUUUAUCUCAUUUUCCCUCUCCCCGAAUCUCUGCCUCUCUCAUUUCCCACCUCUCCUCUCUAGGCAAUCGCCUCAGCCUCAAACGCGCCUUCGCCACUUCCAUCUUUCUCUUAGAAAAGAACCCCGGAUCCCUAUCGUUCGAAUCCCUUGAGAUUCUCUUCUCCUCUCUGGACAGUGCCGAAUCUACUGCCCCGGCUCUUUCUUUGGUCAAAGCCAUGCUCAAAAACCGAUUUUUCGCUCCUUUUUCCAUCUGGGGGCGUUGCCUGCUUCGUCUUACGAAAAGGAAUGGAGGAUUUGAGGCGUUUUUGAGCGUUUUUGAGGAUAAUUGCAUGGUUGCUCUUGAGGAAAGGAUAGAUUUUAUGAAACCCGAUUUAGUAUCUUGUAAUUUGGUUCUGGAUGGGUGUUGCAGAGAGUUGGGUUCUGUUCCUUGUGCUGAGAGGGUUUUAGAGACGAUGUCGGCAAUUGGGCUAGCUCCUGAUUCUGAGACUUUUGGUUCUCUUGCGUUUUUGUAUGCUUCCAAGGGACUCGAUGGAAGGAUCCAGGAGGUUGAGCAGUUGAUGGAUGCCUUGGGGUUUGAGGAUAGGAGGGAAUUCUUCAAGAAUUUGGUCAGUGGAUAUGUUAAAUUUGGGCACUUGAAGUCAGUCUCUUCAGUUAUUUUGCGAGUCCUCAAUGAACAGAGAUGCAAAGAUCUCACCUUUAUUGGGGAUACUACCUUUGCUGAGAUUACGAAGGCGUUUCUUGACAAUGGUGGGAUUAAAGAUGUAGCUUCUCUGAUCAUUCAGACCCAGGAAUUGGAAUCAUCAAUGGAGUGCCCCGUGGUGGCCGAAAAUUCGGUUGGAUUCGGGAUUGUCAAUGCCUGCGUUGGCCUUGGGUUCUUAGACAAGGCACACAGUAUUGUUGAUGAGAUGAAUACUCAGGGUGCUGUUGUUGGGCUUGGAGUGUACUCUUCAAUGCUGAAAGCUUACUGUAAAGGUCAAAGAACAGCAGAAGCAGCACAGCUUGUCACUGAAAUAAGCUCCUCUGGGCUUCAAUUGGAUACUGGCAGCUAUGAUUCAUUAAUAGAUGCUUCAAUGUCUGUUCAAGAUUUCCAAUCUGCAUUUUCUCUUUUCAGGGACAUGAGGGAGGCUAGACUACCUGAACUUAAAACAAGCUACAUCACUAUAAUGACCGGGUUGAUGGAGAACAACCGGCCGGAGCUCAUGGCAUUCUUCUUAGAUUCUGUCGUUGAUGACCCAAGGGUGCAAAUUGCUCCCCAUGAUUGGAACUCUAUCAUCCAUGCCUUCUGCAAAGUUGGGAGGUUAGAGGAUGCUCGAAGAACUUACCGGCGAAUGGUGUUUCUGAGGUUCGAGCCUAAUUUCCAGACUUAUCUGUCUCUUAUUAAUGGCUAUGUAUCUGCUGAGAAAUACUUCAGUGUGUUAUUGCUUUGGACUGAGGUUAGGAGGAAAGGAAUUAGCUUUGAUCAUGACUUGGUGGAUUCAUUCUUGUAUGCUUUGGUUAAAGGAGGGUUCUUUGAUGCUGCAAUGCAAGUGAUUGAGAAGGCUCAGGAACUGAAGAUAUUUGUUGAUAAGUGGAGGCACAAGCAGGCUUUCAUGGAAACUCACAAGAAGCUCAAGGUGCAGAAGCUGAGGAAGAGGAAUGUGAGGAAAAUGGAAGCUUUGAUUGCUUUCAAAAACUGGGCUGGUCUCAAUACAUGAAUCUUGAUUCAUGAAUAGUUUGUUCCUAACAGGUUAGUUCAAUGAAAAAGAAGGUAAAAGGCCAAAGAUUCUAAGUC